CUGCAAUUUGGCUGCAGAAUGUUUGGAAGUUCCUGAUUCUUUCAUGCAGCUAAAAGGGCAACAACAAACAGGUCUAUAAACAAAGCACAUUAUCUUGCUCCUUCCAAUUCAUUUCCCUUUGCCAGCAUCUUAGAUAUCAUUGUUUAUUCCCUCCUUGAUCCUCUGUGUGGAACAAAGAGGCAAGAAGAAUAGGUCCUUUUUUGGUGGCGAAGGGGCAGUGCAAAAGUACAGCUCAUUCCUUGCACGACCGGUAGAUUCGAGUCAUGUGCAGCCCCUAAUUCCCUGAAUAUACGGAAAUCAGUUCCAAUUGAUGAGGAUAUCGGCAUCAGAUCACCCAAUGACUCAGAUUUGUCGGGUCAUUGAAGACCGAUGUUGUGCAGAGUCAUUUGGAUUUCACAUGCUCUCUGAUUUUGAAGAUAUGCCAUAAUCUGAAAAGAAGAUUGGAAGUGCCCACAUGUGAAUCUGUGAUAUGGUUUUCUCAGUCCUCAGUUUGUAUAGAUCUAUAUUGCACUGUUUGGGUGCUCGGAGCUUCUUUCUUCUAUACACACCUUCACGGAAGGUAAAUGAUUGGUGCAAUUUUUGUGUAUCAGUGGCUUUGUUUCAAUUUGAUGAUGUAGUAUCAUAAGCAUGAAACAGACACGAAGGUUGCGGGCAGAUGCUGUUGAAGUAGGUGAUGGAAAGCUGUACAUUUUGAGUAUAAGAUGGCAAGCAAUCGGGGUACACGGAGGACUGGAGGCAUUGUCCAAUCCCUCUUAAGCAUUUAAGAAUGUCCAGAUUCCCUCCAUCAUGGUCGUGCAAGCCUCUCCUUGCAGCUCUCUAGUUUAUUGGGAGUGGAUUAUUCCAUUCCAACAACAUUCUCCACAAUCAUAAUGCCUGAUCCUGUAUUAAUUGCUAAGAUAAGCCCAUGUUUGUCCUGGCUUUGAUUUGAGCCUCAGAGGCAUGUUUUUUUUCCUUGUCCUGUUGGUGCAUCGAUGCUGCGGGAGAAUUCUCUGCAAUCAUUGAAACCGGCCUUGAGACACUUGCCACUCGAGCUCUGAUUGGCUUGACUUCUGAAGAUGUGUGAUCUUGGAUAAUUCACUAUCUUGUUGUGUACCAACUAGCAGUUGAAGUUUUCUAAACUCAUUAUUUGCCCAUCCCCAGGCCAUACUUGGAAGGGUCGUUGUCAGCACAGGUCAUACCCAGCCGUGGGUGUCCAUUUCUCUAGGAAGCACAAGUGUAUCAAACAGCCAAGUCCUCUCUCACACCCUACACUUAUAUCAGGAUGGAGUCUGGAGGAGUGAUUGCUGAAGCGGGCUGGGACUCGCUUGGCCUGACGUCGCAGGCUGAGGAGUCGGAGAUGAUGGAGCAGCUGCUUGGCACCUUCCCCUCCAACGGCGAGGAAGAACACCAGGAGCUACCUUGGUCUGUUCAGGCCACACAUGCAUACUAUGCCCACUGUAACGGUAGCUCUAAUGCAUACAGUUCCGCUAGUAGCAACAGUGUUGGUAGUCUCAUCCUUGAUGUGCCGUCGGAUUAUGGGGGCUUUUAUUUGGGCGACUCAAAUGGGAUCGGCUCCUGCACCGCCGCACUUGACCUGAACAUGGUUCAUGAGCAAGGUGCGGCUCAGUUUAUGGAUGCCAUCUUCAACCCUUCAUAUGGGAAUGGCGAUUCAAGCUGCGACAAUCUUGGAGACUCGAGCAUGAACUUGCUUGACUCCAUUGACACGUCCAACAAGAGAAAGCACCAGGAUCAAGGGAAAAUAGCUGACCAAACAAGUGGUCGGAAAUACUCAAGGAAGGCGGACUCGAAGCGGACAAAGAAGGCCAUGCAAUGUGAAGGCGACGAUGGCACCACUGCUGACACAAGCAAGCAAAGCUUGAGCUGCUGCACGUCUGAAAUUGACUCUAAUGCUUUUCAAGAGCCUCCUGUUGCCUCUAAGCCGAAGGGCAAGGCUCAGGCUGGCCGCCAGACAACCGAUCCCCAGAGCCUCUAUGCAAGGAAAAGAAGAGAAAAGAUCAAUGAGAGGCUGAAGGUACUACAGAACCUUGUUCCGAAUGGAACCAAAGUAGAUAUCAGCACUAUGCUUGAAGAGGCAGUGGAGUAUGUGAAGUUCUUGCAGCUUCAAAUCAAGCUCCUCAGCUCCGAUGAAAUGUGGAUGUAUGCGCCAAUUGCGUACAACGGGAUGAACAUUGGAAUCGACUUGAACCUCUCUCAGCACUGAUAGCACUUCUAACAGUCUAAAAAGCAGCAACUAUAUACUUAAAAACGCAAUUUGGGUUAAUUGGCUCAAAAGUGUUUGUUACUAACGCGCAAGCGGUUUCUGAUCAAUAAGCUAUUCCUGGCAGUUGUAUCUCUCUCAGGCGUAAAUAAGGCCGAAUACAAUGUUCUCCACAAGCGUUUUUUGUAGCUCCGGUUACUAAAAGGAGUGGCAUUGUUUGGCCCGAAAAAUACGUGAAGAAGACAGAUACUGAAUGUUGGAACUUGGAAGAGGCUCUGCAACUUGUGAAGACAAGGAAGGGCAACCUGUUCUUUUUCUCCUUACUUCAGAUGCGACUUCGCAUGAGAAGGCUGUGUCGUUUUUCUUCUUCUUUUUUCAGGUUUGCUCUAGUAGCAAAUUUGUGUCUUCACUGAAAUACAGUAUUUAUAGGGUAAUAUAAUGUGGUUAGCUGGAACUUGGCGGUUGUCAGACAGCUAAUAAUGCAAGAUCGUGGCAUGAUGCGGCAGUUGUCAUA